AUGUUAAAGGAGGGGAGCGAGACAUACACAGAGGACGUCAUUUAUAUAGUCCUAGAAGUGGUCAUUGCCAUCCUGGCCAUUCUUGGCAACGUGUUGGUCUGCUGGGCUGUGUACAUUAACAGUAACCUUCAAAACGCCACCAAUUACUUUGUGGUAUCCUUGGCUGCAGCAGAUAUUGCGGUGGGUGUCCUUGCCAUCCCAUUUGCUAUCUCAAUUAGCACUGGAUUUUGCACCACCUUUCAUGCCUGCCUCUUUAUUGCCUGCUUUGUUCUGGUGCUGACACAGAGCUCCAUCUUCAGUCUCCUCGCCAUUGCUUGUGACCGCUACAUUGCUAUCCGCAUCCCACUCAGGUACAACAGCCUUGUGACUAGUCGAAGAGCCAAUGUGACUAUUGGAGUCUGCUGGCUGUUGUCUUUUGUGAUCGGACUUACCCCCAUGUUGGGCUGGCAUAAGAAGGACGUCAUCUAUCAAAACAUAUCAUGUAGUACUCCUUUUGUAGAGUGCAUGUUCGAAAAUGUUGUGACUAUGGAUUAUAUGGUGUACUACAAUUUCUUUGCCUGUGUCUUGGUGCCUCUUUUGCUCAUGCUUGGCAUUUAUUUGCACAUUUUCAUGGCAGCACGACGGCAGUUGAAACAGAUAGAGCUAAAAGUAACUUGUGGGGAACGCUCAAGAUCGACACUGCAACGCGAAGUCCAUGCUGCCAAGUCUUUAGCCAUCAUUGUGGGCUUGUUUGCUAUUUGCUGGUUGCCCCUGCAUAUCAUCAACUGCUUCACUCUCUUCUGUGAGACCUGUGAACGCCCUCCAGUUUUACUCAUGUACUUUGCCAUCUUAUUUUCCCAUGCCAAUUCAGUGGUGAAUCCACUCAUUUAUGCCUAUCGUAUACGGGAGUUCCGCCAUACUUUUCGUAAGAUCUUACGACAACACUUGUUUGGUCGGGUGCAGCCUCCUCAGACACGUACCGCCAGCGGGAAAUCUUUAACAUAUACAAAUGAGGAGUUGAAUGGAACCACCAGGAUUAGUUAUAAUGGCUGCACUGAAAACCAUGGGAGUAACUGUGACCUGAAAGGGGCUUGGCAUCAAAAUGGCUAUCCUUCUAGGGUGAAAUUUGAACAGAAAACAAUUCAUGAAGCUGAGAGCCAACAAAAAGAGAAACUUAUAAACUCCUGA